AUGUUUGCACUGCAGGCCGCCUGCCCGGAGCGGCUAGACAGCAAGCGGCUGCUCUUUUUGGAUGUUGAUGGCGUCUUACAUCCGCUGAAGGUUCGAUUGAUGGGGCAGCAGCAGCUUGACACGAGCCAUUGCUUUAAUCCCGGGUGUAUGGACGAACUACGCAGAGUCAUCCUGCAAAGUGGGGCAGAUCUUGUGGUCACUUCAUCAUGGCGACAGUUUGAAACUGCUCGCAACGUGCUGGCGAAAAACUUGGGACAUUAUGGUCUUCGCGUGAAGGACUGGACAACUACUGCAGGUGGUGAAUCCAAUGAAGCACGAGUUGAUCAGAUCCUGUCAUAUGUCACGGCAUUGGACUUGGAAGCCUGGGCAGUUGUGGAUGAUGAAGACCUGGCGCCUGAAGCUCUGCAAUCCUCAGAAGGCAUGAUGAAGAUGCUCUUCCGACAGCACUUUGUUCGGACAGAUUCUUCCAAGGGCUUGGACAAAUCUUCUGCAGAUUCCCUUAUCCAGUUGUUGAAUGACGAGGAAAAUGUUUGA